AUGGCGGCAAACGCGGCGUACAAGGUGCUCGUUGCGAGCCGUAACCCAACCAAGAUCAAUUCCGUGCAGCGUGCUCUGGAGAGGUGCUUCCCGUUCUCCAAGUUCGACGUCACUGGCGUGCCCGUGCCCUCCGGAGUGCCGGACCAGCCGCACGGCGACCUCCAGACACUGCAGGGCGCGAGGAACCGCGUGAUGAAUCUCCAGAAGCACGCGCCCGUUCACAAGACCCCCGAUCUCUGGGGCUGGGUGGCCAUCGAGGGGGGUGUUGGCUGGCAGUCCGACUCGCACCGCCCCCAGGCGCCGCUGCUCAGCCGGACGCCGGCCACCGAGGGCGCGUGCGAUCGCGAGCACGGCAUCGAGCCCGACGGCGAAGACCUCAGCGCCCGGGACCGCAUGGAGGUGUUUUCCUGGGUGGUGAUUCGGCGGCCGGACAGCGACGUGGAGUCCCGCGCGCGGUCCGCGUCGUUCGUGCUGCCGGACGAGAUCGUGCAGCGCAUGAUGGCUGGCGCCGAGCUCGGCCCGGCGACCGACGUCGUGUUCCGCGCGCACCGCACGGGCACGGGGAGCGGGACCAUCGGGCGGCUGACCGCGACGCCGCCCGCGCCGCUCGGCGUGGUCACGCGCGAGAUGUACUACGAGCACGCCGCGAUCAUGGCGCUCGCGCCGUACAUGCAGAUGGACUUGUACCCAGAGUACAAUUCCAGGACUCCCCCCCCGGACGCGAAGGGCGAGACGUCAGGGUGA